AUAUGCUCUCUCUUUCUAAUGUCUGGACGCGGUAAGCAAGGGGGAAAGGCUCGCGCCAAAGCUAAGUCAAGAUCCUCCCGAGCUGGUCUGCAAUUUCCUGUUGGUCGCGUUCACCGUUUGCUGCGUAAAGGAAACUAUGCUGAAAGAGUAGGGGCUGGAGCACCAGUGUAUUUAGCUGCUGUUUUGGAGUAUCUGACUGCCGAAAUUCUAGAGCUGGCGGGAAACGCAGCCCGAGACAACAAAAAGACCCGGAUCAUUCCCCGCCACCUACAACUGGCUAUCCGUAACGAUGAAGAACUCAACAAGUUGUUAGGCAAAGUGACCAUCGCUCAGGGCGGGGUUUUGCCAAACAUCCAGGCUGUGCUGCUACCAAAAAAGACGGAGAGCCAUCAUAAAACCAAGAGCAAGUAAAUACCUGGCUCGAGGGCGCGGGAAAAACCUCCGA